AUGGCAAACCAGAAGAGUAAUGAGGCAGCUAUCAAAAAUUUGGAUAAUCAAGUAGGCCAACUUGUGAAGCAAUUGUCGGAACAACAAGCGGGUUCUUCUUUCUCCGCCAACACUCAAACCAAUCCGAAGAAGCAUUGUAAAGCAAUUGUUACUAGAAGCGGUAAAGAGGUGAAAAGUAGAAGAAGUGAAGAUGUUGCAGUAGAGGAUGAUAUGAAUGUCGUGACUGAAAAGGAAGAGAACAAAGUGGUGGUGGAAUAUGAAAAGGAAAAAGAGGAAGAAACUGUUCAGUUCGCGCCGCGAACCCCUUUGGCGCCGCGAAAAGAGCAGGGUCAGAAUAGUUCACCAGAACAGGAGGGUGAAGCAGGUGUGAAGAAAGAAGCAGAAAUAAGAAAGAAGAAAAAAGGAGAUAAAGGAGUGAGUGCUAUUCCCGCUCAACAUCUACCUUACCCGCACUCACCGUCAAAGAAGGAGAAUGCUAGACACUAUGCACGGUUUAUGGAUAUAUUUAAGCAACUUCAAUUAAAUAUUCCAUUCACCGAUACAUUAGAGCAAAUGCCAAGACCAUUUAUGAAAACAACCCGAAUGAUGAUCGACAUUGAUGAUGGACUCAUGAAAGUAAGAGUGCAAGAUGAAGAGGUAACUUUCAAUCUUUUUGAGGCCAUGGAGCACCCUAAUGACAAGCAUGACUCUUUCCGAAUCAAUGCCACCGAAGAGGAAAUUGUGGAGGUUGUAAAUCAAGUUCAUUUUUCUAAUCCGUUAGAGAGAUAUCUUAUAGGAGCUUACAAUGUUUUAACCGGAAAUGAAGAAAAAGAAAUUGAAGCAAUUUUGCAUGAAUUGGAGUCUUGCGGAGAGAUUGCUUAUCAUGAGGAGAAAAAUGAGGACUUGGAUGUGAAAAAGAAAGUGGAAGAGCCAAAAUUAGAGUUGAAGAUGCUACCUCCACACUUGAAAUAUGUGUUCCUUGGUGAUGAUUGUACUAAACCGGUGAUCAUUAGCAAUGCCUUGUCCAUAAAAAAGGAGCAUAAAUUGACACAAGUGCUGAAAAAGAAUGAAGGUGCAAUAGUGUGGGUAUUAUCCGAUUUAAAGGAAGAAGAAGUGCGGGAAGAAUUUCCGGACGAAAACCUUUAUGCGAUUCAAUUGGGGCCUUGGUUUGCCGAUUUUGCUAAUUAUAAGGCAACCGGUUUGACACUGGAAGACCUCACUAGUAAUCAAAGAAAGAAAUUCUUAGCGGAUGCAAAGUACUAUGUGUGGGAUGACCCGUAUUUGUUCAAAGCGGGUGUGGACAGUAUUCUAAGAAGGUGUGUGACACUUGAAGAGUCAAAAGAAAUCCUUUGGCAUUGUCAUAACUCUUCGUAUGGAGGUCAUUAUAGCGGUUUGCGAACAGCCACUAAAGUCCUCCAAGCGGGAUUUUAUUGGUUGUCCGUGUUUAAAGACGCACAUGAACAUUCAAAGAAUUGUGACACAUGCCAAAUAAGCGGAGGGAUAGGUAAACGAGAUGAAAUGCCUCUAACCAACAUGUUGGAAGUGGAAGUCUUUGAUUGUUGGGGAAUUGAUUUUGUUGGCCCAUUCCCCUCUUCCUUCUCUAAUGAGUAUAUUCUUGUAGCUGUUGACUAUGUAACAAAGUGGGUGGAAGCAAUUGCUUCACCUAAGGCCGACUCCAAAACCAUGAUAAGAUUUCUAAAGAAAAACAUAUUUUCACGUUUUGGUGUGCCUAGGGUGUUGGUAAGCGAUGGGGGAUCACAUUUUUGCAAUACACUCUUGGAAAAAGUUUUGGAACAUUAUGGUGUGAAGCAUAAAGUGACUACUCCUUACCAUCCACAAGCAAAUGGUUAA